AUGGCCCCCAAGCUCUCCAUCCACCCGCCGCUGCUCAACACCGCCUGCCCCUGGGCCACGACGCCCGAGCAUCUCGAGAGCCUCCUCCAGUGCCCUUCCACCGGCGCCAUCACCACCCGAACCAGCCUCAUCGAGGGGUUCCCCCACGACGACGCAAUCCACCGAUACGCCUUCUUCGACCCUGCCUCCAACCGCGCCCCAAAGACGGCCCCGUCCGCCGCCGCCCCAGUCGGCAGCAUCAAUUCCUUGGGCUACAGCCCGCUCCCCCUCGACGCAUACCUCGCCGCGCUCGCACGCCUGAGCGCCUCCCUGCCCAGCGUGCGCAAGACGGCCGUCGUCAGCGUCGCCGGCUCGCCCUCCUCCGUCGCCGCGUGCUACGCCCACAUCCUCGCCGCCUCGCCGCGCAUCUCCUUGCCGCUCGCCAUGGAAAUCAAUCUCGGCUGUCCCAACAUGCCGGGCUCUCCGCCGCCGGCCUACGAUCCCGUGCGCCUGGCCGAGUAUCUGGCCGCGCUGCCGGAAGAGCCGCGCAUACCAGUUGGCAUCAAGACGCCGCCGUACACGCACUCGGCGGAGUUUACCGCGCUAGCGGAUGCGCUGGCGCCGUACGCCGCGCGAAUCAGCUUCGUCACUGCCACGAAUACCCUCGGUUCGUGCGUCGUGUUUGGCGACGGCGGGACCGAGGCGUUGCCGGGGGCCGUGGGGGGCCUGGCCGGCGCGGGCAUUCACCCGCUGUCCGUGGGCAACGUGAGGAUUCUGAGAGGGGUGCUGGACGAGCGAGGACUCGCCGGCGUGCACGUCAUUGGCGUUGCAGGACGGCGCCGGGUACAGGAGGAUGAGGAGCGCGGGCGCCGUGGCCGUCGGCUUGGCGACGGCGCUGGGGGCCCAGGGCGUCGGCGUGUUUGA